AGAGUCGGUCCUCCAGAGACAGAGAGGCCGGAAGUGCUCUCCUGAGAGCCACGCUGCUGCUAGUGUCAGAGCCGUGGCAGCGCGAAUAGGGCUCCUCUGAGGCUUGGCGCUGUUGUAGCGGUAGCGAGACCUGGUGAGGGCAUCGGGGGUUCUGGGCGCUUAGAAUGGCAUCUCGGGCAGGCCCGCGGGCGGCCGGCACCGACGGUAGCGACUUUCAGCACCGGGAGCGCGUCGCCAAGCACUACCAGAUGAGCGUGACCCUCAAGUAUGAAAUCAAGAAGCUGAUCUACGUACAUCUGGUCAUCUGGCUGCUGCUGGUUGCAAAAAUGAGCGUGGGACACCUGAGGCUCUUGUCACAUGAUCAGGUGGCCAUGCCUUAUCAGUGGGAGUACCCGUAUUUGCUCAGCAUUUUGCCUUCUUUCUUGGGCCUUCUCUCCUUCCCCCGCAACAACAUUAGCUACCUGGUGCUUUCCAUGAUCAGCAUGGGGCUCUUUUCCAUUGCGCCUCUCAUUUAUGGCAGCAUGGAGAUGUUCCCUGCUGCACAGCAACUCUACCGCCAUGGAAAGGCCUAUCGCUUCCUUUUUGGUUUUUCUGCUGUCUGCGUCAUGUACCUGGUGUUGGUAUUGGCAGUCCAAGUGCAUGCCUGGCAAUUAUACUACAGCAAGAAGCUUCUAGACUCUUGGUUCACCAGCACACAGGAGAAGAAGCGUAAAUGAAACAUAAAUGAAGCCUGAUGAACUGCUCUGUGGACUGAAGCCUGGGAUUCCCUUUGAAUGAAGGGACAGGGAUAGACGGGCUGUUCAUAAAUCUUUUCUGGUAAUUUUAGCAGCUAUGAUGCAGAUCAGGCCAGAUUUCUGCAAAGCCCCUCCUCUUGUCAUCUGCUGAGGUGGCAAAACUGCAUUUAAUUUAUUCCUGGUUAGCUAGAACUGGAUGACCAACAGCUGUGAAACAAACUCCAGCUUGUUAAAGUUGAAGGCUUCCAGGGUUUUUCUUUAAGACUGAGCCUCAUCGUUGCCUCCUCUUGGUCAUUCUCCCCGCUUACAUCUAUCACUUCCUAGCUAUUAAGACUAAAGAAAAUAGGGAAUAAAACAAAUUCUAUUUCGGGCGGCGCCUGUGGCUCAGUGAGUAGGGCGCCAGCCCCAUAUGCCGAGGGUGGCGGGUUCAAACCCAAACCUGGCCAAACUGCAACAAAAAAAUAGCCGGGCGUUGUGGCGGGCGCCUGUAGUCCCAGCUGCUCGGGAGGCUGAGGCAAGAGAAUCGCGUAAGCCCAAGAGUUAGAGGUUGCUGUGAGCCAUGUGACGUCACAGCACUCUACCCAAGGGUGGUACAGUGAGACUCUGUCUCUACAAAAAAAAAAAAAACACAAAAAACAAAUUCUAUUUCAACCUAUAGGUCAUGGGUCAGGAAAUAUUUGGAAAGCUGCUCCCCCUGCAGGCUGUGGUCUUUCCUGCAAAGCAUUUUAAUUCAAAAGAACCCUCAAUAAAGUUAAGACUGCCCUGUC